AUGGAGACGACGGCUCGGAAAGGUGAUAAUAGGAAACUGUUUCGCCUAUUUCACAAAGCAACUAUAACUCGAGAAAAGGUCAAUGAAAUGAAACAGAAUAUUAAUGGGGCGUCUGUUAAGGGUAUUAAGGAUCGCCUCAUAAGAUGGAAAGAAUUUUUUGAGGCCGGACUUAAGCACGAUGCGCCAUCUGUUGUCCCGAAUAUAACUGAUUCGCCCGUCGAGCCUUAUGUUCGCAAAUAA